AUGAAGCCGUCCGGAGGAGCCGCUUCGCUGAGCAAGAGCCACUCUCUCUCCUCACACGAUGCUUCCGAAAAGUUUCAACAACACGCGCAAAAUCCUUCCCGCGUCGUCCUCCAUCCCCCGAGAGUGAAGCAGUCAGGAGCAGCCGCGUCGCUGAGCAAAAGCCACUCCAUCUCUUCGUUUAUCGUGCUGGAUGCCCCCUCCCUUCACAAUAGUCACAGCAAGUAUAAGCACGAUCGGGGUCCGUCGUGGUCUCUCCUCGUCCUUGCCUGUGCGCUCACCGCAAUAGUCUCCAGCCUCGCUGGGUCCUACACUUCGUACGCGUUAACGAGGAAUUCGUUACAGUUCACGGAUAUUUCCGUAGCGGCUUACUCGACUAACUCCUUCGACCCCACCGUUGGACUGUCCACUGUCACUCCUCCUGCCGUCAAAACAGCCGGGAAAGCCGCCGUUGAAUCCGCUGUCACCCGUUCCAGCCAGGCCAGAGGAGAUCAGCGGGCAGAAGACGACGCGGUGCCGCUGUACUCGCCAAAAGCGUUCCUGUUAUCGCGCUACGCGGACCUCAUCGGACCGAGCAGUCGCGGACGCGACGCCGGCGUUGGAAGCGGAAAUGGCGGCGGGAAUCACGAGCCUGAGUGGAUUCGUCGGCUCGUUGAGUCCGCAAAAGUUAACGACAGUCUUUUCGGACAGCAGAGGGCGAGCGCGGUGCCAGUCGCAGCCGCGAAAGACGGGCAGAAGCAGAACGAGUCCAUGGUUGUUCUUGUAACGGGGGCUGCCGGAUUUAUCGGGUCGCAUCUCGCGCUGGCUCUUAAAAAGGAGGGUCACGGGGUGGUGGGUCUGGACAAUUUUAACAACUACUAUGAUACUACACUGAAGGAGGCGCGCGCGGCGCGGCUCUGGUCUGCGGGCAUUGAGAUUAUUCGCGGUGACUUAAACAACGGCACGCUUCUCGACGCGCUGUUCGCUACAGUCACAUUCACCCACGUGGCACAUAUGGCGGCGCAAGCGGGGGUUCGGUACGCGUUGGAGAAUCCGAAAUCCUAUGUGGACAGCAACGUCGCAGGAUUCGUGAAUCUGCUGGAGAGGUGUCGCAGGGUGCCUGUGCGACAGCCUGCGAUCGUCUGGGCGUCGUCCAGCAGCGUGUACGGCGUGAAUCGCGAGGGUUUCCACAUUCCCCCCUUCUUCCCCCUUUUCCCCCCCACCCUCUUCUACCCCCUACUCCCCCCCCACCCUCACCCCCCCCCCUCCCCCACCCCCCCAUUCCCCCUCGUAUGUUUCUGA